ACAUCUGUCUCUUCAAUAGUAUCCUCCACUUCCUUUUCCACCACCACCGUAUCCUCCAGCACCACCUCCAUAUCCUCCACCCCCUCCUUUACCAAAUCCAGAACCUCCUCCAUAUCCACUGCCACUUCCUUUUCCAAAUCCAGAUCCUCCUCCAUAACCACUUCCUGAUCCUCCGCCAUGACCACCUCCAGAUCCUCCUCCAUAACCACCACCGGAUCCUUUACCACCGCCAUAUCCUCCUCCACUACCACCUCCGAAUCCUCCUCCUCCAUAUCCUCCACCGCCACCUCCGUGGCCUCCUCCUCCUACUCCAAGUUGAGACAAAUUGAUGCCGACGAUAGCUACACCUCCGCUACCACCUUUUCCGCCACCGUUGCCACUUCCUAA